AUGCAAGUCGACUACGACACAGGUCCCGUGCGAACAUGGGACGGCCCGGUGCCCCCAGCCCAAGGCCCGGACCCCAACGACCACCUCCAAUACAUGCGCCUGGCCCUUGACCAAGCCCAGGAAUCACCGCCGAAACCUUCGAAUUUCCGUGUUGGCGCCCUGUUAGUCGAUGCAGAUACCGGGAACAUCCUUUCGCGCGGCUACACUCUGGAAUGCGAAGGAAACACGCAUGCGGAGCAAUGUUGUCUCUUGAAGCUUGCCCAAGCACACGGCUUGCCUGAGGAAAGAGUUGGGGAAGCAUUACCACCCAACACCGUCAUCUACACUACCAUGGAGCCUUGUAACCUUCGGCUUAGUGGUAACCUCCCAUGCGCGGAUCGGCUCAUUCGAACGAGAGGGAAAGAUGGAGAGCAGAAGAUCAAGAAGGUGUAUCUUGGCGUCAAAGAGCCGGAGAAAUUUGUAGGCGAGAAUGCGGGACGGAAGAAGCUAGAGGAACAUGGCAUUGAGUGCGUUCAUGUUCCGGGGCUGGAAGAGAAGAUAUUGAGUGUUGCUACUGCUGGUCAUGAACAGUAG